UAAACUCUCUACAGACAUGACUGGUCGUGGUAAAGGUGGUAAAGGUUUGGGCAAAGGUGGAGCCAAGCGUCAUAGGAAAGUACUCCGAGACAACAUCCAAGGUAUCACCAAACCCGCCAUUAGGAGGUUGGCUAGGCGUGGAGGUGUCAAGCGUAUUUCUGGCCUCAUCUACGAAGAAACUCGUGGAGUGUUGAAGGUGUUCCUGGAAAAUGUAAUCAGGGACGCUGUCACAUAUACCGAACAUGCAAAGAGAAAAACUGUUACCGCCAUGGACGUUGUAUAUGCCCUCAAACGUCAAGGACGUCGAACACCUUCAACACUCCACGAAAACUCGCUAACAUUUAUUAUGGCUCGUACUAAGCAGACUGCUAGAAAGUCGACCGGGGGUAAGGCUCCGCGAAAACAAUUAGCCACCAAAGCCGCACGUAAAAGUGCUCCAGCCACAGGCGGUGUGAAGAAACCUCACCGUUACCGUCCGGGAACCGUUGCUUUACGUGAAAUACGACGUUAUCAGAAGAGUACCGAGUUGCUGAUCCGUAAAUUGCCCUUCCAGAGGUUGGUACGUGAGAUCGCUCAGGAUUUCAAAACUGAUCUCAGAUUUCAAAGUUCCGCCGUAAUGGCACUUCAAGAAGCUAGCGAAGCUUAUUUGGUUGGACUUUUCGAGGAUACGAACUUGUGUGCGAUCCACGCCAAAAGAGUAACUAUCAUGCCGAAGGACAUUCAACUUGCUAGACGUAUAAGGGGUGAACGUGCUUAAAUUUCGAUUCGGGAAUCUUACAUAUCGGUUCUUUUCAGAACCACAAAA